GGUAAACUUUCUGAUGGGCGGGUAGUAGCUGUGAAGCAGCUUUCAGUAGCAUCUCACCAAGGGAAGAGUCAAUUUGUUACUGAGAUUGCUACCAUAUCUGUGGUGCAACAUCGCAACCUUGUUCAACUGUACGGAUGCUGCAUCGAAAGAAAUAGACGCCUCCUUGUUUAUGAGUAUCUUGAGAACAAAAGCCUUGACCAAGCACUCUUUGGAAAAAGAGAGUUGCAUCUUGAUUGGCCAACCAGGUUCAGUAUCUGCCUGGCAACUGCUAGAGGACUAGCUUAUCUUCAUGAGGAAUCAAGGCUGAGGAUCAUACACAGAGACGUGAAGGCAAGUAACAUUUUGCUUGAUGCAGAGCUGUGUCCGAAAAUAUCUGACUUUGGAUUGGCAAAGCUAUAUGAUGACAAGAGAACUCACAUUAGCACCCGCGUUGCAGGAACAAUUGGCUAUUUGGCACCAGAGUAUGCAAUGCGUGGCCACCUUACUGAGAAGGCAGAUGUUUUUGGCUUUGGUGUUGUUGCUUUGGAAAUUGUCAGUGGAAGACCAAACUCUGACAACAGCCAGGACAAUGACAAGAUCUAUCUUCUUGAAUGGGCAUGGACUCUGUAUGAAAGCAACCAAUGUCUUGGUCUGGUGGAUCCAACCUUAGUGGAGUUUGAUGAAAAUGAAGCUUUAAGAAUGAUAAGAGUGGGACUCCUGUGCACACAAGCAUCACCAAUGAGGCGACCACCCAUGCCAAGUGUUAUAGCUAUGCUUGCUGGGGAUAUCGAAGUGAGCCCUGUAGCGUCAAAACCAAGUUAUUUAACUGACUGGGAUUUUAAGGACAUAACAACCAGCAUCAAGGCUGAAAACACACCAUCUACUGGAUCUAAGCACAGUGACAAUAAGAAGAGGAACGAUCUUAGCCCAGGGAUAGAGCUGGUGCCUUCUCCAUUAAACAUCACUGAAUUCAGGGACAUUACUGCGGAAGGAAGCCAAGACAUCAGCUCCUAUGUUUGCAACCGACUGCAAGUCAAUCUCAACAGUCACAACAGCACCACAUGACUCCAAUCUGCGGAGCCACAGCAGCACUUCCGAAUCUUUUAGCAGCGCCUUCUUCCCAAAGAAAGAAUUCGACGCUGCAAGAAGAACUGCAACUGCUGCAACAAACUCAGAAAUUCGUUUAGUGUUCUUUGCGGUAUGAGUGAGUCUCAUGUUGAAUUUUCUAUAAUUUGUUUGAAUUCUACGUCUUAAAAGAAAAUCUUGAAAGUAAC